UUGGACCAAGCACCAGCUAGACACCAAAACACUCUAACGGUCUCCUCCUGACUGAAACACUCUCUGAAACGGACUGUCAGUGGGAAGUCUGUGCUGAAAGUCAGAGUAGAUGUUUGGUAGAAUAUAAAGAAGUUGUUCUGAGAAAGAGGAAGGCUUCAGGGAGAGAAAAGGGGGACGCAGCUUUCCUUUAACUCGGUUCUAUCUUGCAGUACCAUGAGCGUCCCGCUUUACGCACCGACUCCCAUCCAGCCGGCCCACCCGACACCCUUCUACAUCGAGGACAUUCUGGGGAGGACUGCCACAACCACCACCCCUUCGCCCUCUUCCUCCUCAUCCUCCUGCUCCACUCCGAUCAUACCCACACCGACACUCCCGUCACCCAACUCCUCCUUCACAAGUCUCAUCUCGCCGUACAGGACGCCGAUUUAUGAACCUACACCGAUCCACCCGGCGCUGUCUCACCACGCCGCCGCUGCUUUCACCUACGCCUCCGCCGGGGCUUUCGCCGGCUCCAUCUACCCGUUCCACCACCAGCAGCACCACCGCUCCAUGGGGGAGUACGCACAUGCGCUGCUGAGGCAUGACCCUCUAGGCAAGCCUCUGAUGUGGACCCCCUUCAUCCAGCGGCCCCUGCACAAGAGAAAGGGGGGGCAGGUCCGGUUCUCUAACGAGCAGACAAUCGAGCUGGAGAAGAAGUUCGAGACGCAGAAGUACCUGUCCCCCCCGGAGAGGAAGCGGCUGGCCAAGAUGCUGCAGCUCAGCGAGAGACAGGUUAAAACCUGGUUCCAGAACCGGAGAGCGAAGUGGCGGAGACUAAAACAGGAAAAUCCUCAGGGAGUGAAGAGGGAGGUGGAGGACGACGGUUCCGCGGGGAGGAGUAAAGGAGACGAGACAUCCGAUUCCUGCGGGAUCCAGAGCCCGGAGACGAGACACACAUCCCCGGCCUCAGAGCUGCAGGCGGCCCGCUGCGGCCACUCCGUGUCUCCGCAGCGGCAGAACCAGCAGCAGAACUCAGAGCUGGACUCUGAAGUGUCAGAUGAUACAGACCAGGAGCUGGACAUAGAGGACGACGGGUUCACACUGAACCAUUGACCAUAGCUGUGACCCACAGUUCCACACUGACUCUGGAUCCGCUCAGGAGCUGCGUGAUGAAGAUCAUGAACUCAUCUUCGGCCUGUCCCUUCGCAUUCAGACCCUUUACUGGGGGGACCUUGCAGUUAUUUUAUGAGAGGGGCCCAUUUAAUGCAGGACAAAAUUGAAAUAGACAGUGUUCGAGAUUUCAUAUUGUUUGUUCAAUUCAAGUCAUAGUCCACAAAACAAACAUAAAACCCCAUAAUUGGUGUUGUCUUAGACCAUACAGUACAAUUUGUGUUUAAAUGUAUUAUUGGAAAGUCACAUACAUGUUAAUGUGGACCCAAGUUACAGCAGUCUUUUCUGCAUGCUAAUUGUAUUAUUAUAAAAUAUUCCUUUGGAGGGGGGGGGGGGCACAGGGGGGUCCAAGCUCAGUGUUACAGGGUCUCUGGCCUCUGCUGGCCACCUGUACUGCCCAUGGUCGUUUAAAUGCAUAUUAAGACAGGUUGACUUGCCUGAUGUAAUAUUUAGGUGAAAAUCAAACCCCACAAGUGCCUUUCACUCAUGACUGUCGUCUCUUGAAGAACUAUCUUUCUGUAUAUAUUAGCACUCUGCGGUAUUUGUGUUGUUUCUGUGUUGUGGAUAACUGUAAAUUAACAUUGUUGUCUUCUGUUCAGUAUGUCGUCUGGAUGAUGAACACUCAUAAGUCUAUGGGCUGUUGCCUUAAAAUGUGAUAUUCAAUUAAAUAAUCAAUGUAGCACACUUUAUGUUUUGUUUGGUGACAUUUAAUAAACUAUUUUUGAUGUAA